GCAGGAUCACCGCUCGGAUUAAAAGAAGAGGAAGAGCUCUCAACCGGUGAAACCAAGAUGGAGCUUCUCCCAAGCUUCUCCAUUGAGACGUGGUCACUUCUGGUUGUCUUGCUGGGACUUCUAUUGCUAUAUGGGAUCUGGCCAUUCGGUGUGUUCGGCAAACUAGGCAUCCCAGGUCCCAAGCCCCUGCCUUUCUUGGGAACUCUCCUUGCGUACCGCAAAGGUUUUGUGAAGUUUGAUAGCUGGUGCUUCCAGAAAUAUGGGCGAAUCUGGGGGAUUUAUGAUGGCCGUCAGCCUGUAAUAGCUGUCCUGGAUCCUGCUAUUAUUAAGGCAGUGCUAGUGAAGGAAUGUUACACCACUUUCACCAACCGACGGAAUUUUGGUGCCACUGGGAUCUUGAAGUCGGCGAUUUCCUUGGCGGAAGAUGAACACUGGAAGAGGAUGCGGACCGUGCUUUCCCCGACCUUCACCAGCGGGAAGCUGAAGGAGAUGUUCCCCAUUAUAAAACACUAUGGGGAGGCUCUGAUGCAAAACGUUCAGAAGAAAGUGGAUAAGGACGAGCCGGUGGUUGUGAAAGAUGUCUUUGGAGCCUACGCCAUGGAUGUGGUCACCAGUACCGCCUUCGGGGUGAACAUCGACUCCAUGAAUAACCCCAAAGACCCUUUUGUCAAAGAGAUCCAAAAACUCACCAAGUUUCGCUCUUUUGAUCCGCGCAUCAUUCUGUUGUUUACUUUCCCAAUCUUGCGAACCGUGUUUGAGGCACUGAACAUCCAAGUCUUCUCCGCAGAAGCCUUAGACUUCUUCACAAGGUCAUUUGCAAAAAUGAAGGCAGCGAGAGUGAAGGAGACCAAAGAGGGUCGAGUGGACUUCUUGCAGCUGAUGAUUGACUCCCAGACUUCCAACGGCAACCACCAAAGCAAUGGGAUUGAACAUAAUUAUAAAGGCUUGACUGAUGACGAAAUCCUGGCCCAAGCCUUUAUUUUUGUGUUCGCGGGGUACGAACCCACCAGCAACUCCCUCGGUUACAUGGCCUAUGUUUUAGCCACUCAUCCAGAUGUUCAGCAGAAGCUUCAAGAUGAGAUCGAUUCUGUCCUACCCAACAAAGCCCCUCUCACAUAUGAUGCCAUCAUGCAACUGGAGUAUCUCGACAUGGUGAUCAAUGAGACGCAACGGCUGUAUCCUCUCGGCGGGCGGAUCGAAAGGGUCUGCAAGAAAGAUGUCGAAAUCAACGGGGUAACAAUCCCCAAAGGUGUGGUGGUGAUGAUCCCUCCCUACAAUCUCCACCGGGAUCCAGAAUACUGGCCAGAACCUGAAGAGUUUAGACCUGAGAGGUUCAGCAAAGAGAACAAGGAAAGCGUGGAUCCUUACACAUACCUGCCUUUUGGAGCCGGUCCUCGGAACUGUAUCGGGAUGAGAUUUGCUCUUGUCACCAUGAAAGUGGCGAUUACCAUCCUCUUGCAGCAUUUCUCCUUUAGAGUCUGUAAAGAAACACCAAUUCCUCUGAAGCUGGGCUCUCAAGCAUUCUUAGUGCCAGAAAAGCCGAUCGUUUUGAAGUUAGUGCGACGAAAUAAUCUUCAGUGAAGGGUGGGAUGAAGCCCCGCUGUGUGUCUCUUGCGGUCAUCUUUGUAUUGAAUGCCGUUGCUUCGGAAAAGCUGCUUUAUUUUUGUUUUUUGCACUACAGCUUUCAGAAUUCUUUGCCAACCUAGAUAUGGAGCCCGGGGAUUCUGGGAGUGAUAGUCUCUAAUCCCUAAGCAGAUUCUCCCAAGAGAACCAUUUACUUUUAAGACGAUGGACUUGCAGUUGCAACCCUGGAGUCGUAACGCUUUCCCUAAUUGAUUGGCCCAUACUGUUAUUGUUCUAAGGACGAUUCAAUUUAAUGUAUCACAAAUCCUAUAUCUGAUAUAGUAAGUCAAUGUAUUGGGUAUAUUAAAUCAUCAAAAUAUAUUAAAUCACUUUCAAAACAAGGAAUGAACUUUAUAACACAGAACUACCUGCUGUAUCCACGGGACUGGGAAUUUUUGGGAUGUACGAUCCAUUACAAAUGGUUCAAAAGUCAUUACAUAACUGGGAGGAGCUGUCAUUUUGUUUCUAAAGUGUUUCUAAAAUAUAGUUAGUAAAAAUAAAUCACAACUAUAACAAGAGUAAGUAAAUGGUUACUAUUUCGUUAUAGUAAUUGCGUGUAAAUUACUAUAAUUAGUAAUUGUAAUAAACGAUGCAUUAAUUACGAAAGUAAGAAUGAGAGUGUCUGGGACCAUAUAUGCCCAUGAUAUGACGGUCAUGUUGUAAAUAGAGGUGUAAAAUUGUCUUGAAAUUCCUUCAUUGUAAUAAUAAUAAAAAUGUAUUAAUAUAAGAAAUAAAAAAAAUGGGAAAUGUUAA